CGCGUCGUGGCGCGCUCCCACCGGCGGCCAUCUUGUCACGACGCGCCGACACGAUUACUGAUAUUAGGCUUUGCUUACAUGACGCUGGGAUGGUUGAUUUAAGUUUAUGUAUGGAUGCGUUAGCGUAAAACUUGUUGCAUUGAAAUAUUUACACAUUUUAAAGCCGAGGUUUUGUAUGUUAUACUUAAUUAUAUUAUGGUAAAUAGGAAAAUAUUUCUCAUUUAAAAUCAUUUUUAUAAUAGACUUUCGUGGCAGAUAUUUACGAUCGUAUUUGCCUAUUUACACAUAUCUAUUUUUUCUAACAAUAUUUUAUACACAGAUAAUUAUUAAUAUUUUCCGAAUUUAUAUUUUCCUUAAGUACUGGUUACUCAGUGCCGCCUCUAGGCCGCGGCCUAUUGCCAAAUCCGGCAUUGAGAUUAUAAUAAUAUAUAAAAUGUCACAUUUAUUGUUCUAAAUCUAAUAUGCAUCACCAUGAAAAACUUUGAGAGCUAUUAUUUAAAUAUAACACUUAUUAAACUCACCAUCAACUAUAUUUAAUUAGAAAAAAGGGAAACAAUUGAAUUUCCUCACUAUCGAUUUCUACAUGUAAACCCGCCCCAAACACCGAAGAGCGAGACGACAAAUCGUCGCGCCAUAAUGCCGGCAGGCCGACACGACGAGGCUUGCAUCGUAUACACAAAAAUGUUUCGCGAAAGGAUUGAUUUAAAGCUCAUAAAAUUAGUGAAAGCGAACUCUGUGCUGUAUGACUACAAUAAUCCUAAGUACAUGGACUUUAAUUCGCGUGAAGUGGCGUGGCAGAGGAUCGGAGACGAGCUGAAGAGAGCCGCGGUCGACUGCAAAGUGAGAUGGAUAAACAUAAGAGACGUGCACAGAAGGAUAUGCAGGAAGAGGAUCGCGCAACCAAACAACAGGUCAAAACCUUACAAAUACGAGAAGGAGAUGGCGUUCAUGAAAGCUUUUUAUAAAGACGUGCCUGCGCCUACGACGGAAGAAGACAAAACAUACGAGCAAUGGGACGACGGGGCUGUAGAGAGCGACACCAGCGAGAAAUCCGAAGAACCCGUCAAAAAACCAGUAGUCAAGCGCCGCAGGACCAAACGAACACUGGAACGGCCCUUCGAGGAAGAAGAGAAGCAACCCUCGACGUCAUUUAACGAAACGCAGUCGGAAUUUGAUGCGUCCGAUCCAGUGGACGCAUUCCUGCUUAGUAUCGGAGCCAGUUUGAGGACUUUCUCGCCGUACCAUUUGAACCUGGCGAAGACCAAGAUCUUCUCGGUGGUGCAGGAGCAUGAUCUACAGCAGAUCAUGGAGAAGCAGUCAGGGGAUGUCGGUGUGAACGUCAAGGUCGCGCCCACGGAGACAUUGUAUUUAAAUGAAUAGAAUGUUAGGGUUUUCAUUUUAUAUCUUAAUAGGUUGCUAUAUCUGAUGAUGGCUGAAGGUUGGAUGAAAAGUUGACACAUCUGCACUUUUAGGAGCCAUAAUCGCAGUGCCUCGAAAUAUAACUUGUUCAGGCACAAUUGGCGAUCCAUCACCUUGACCUCCAUGUUCUGUGGCGGUCUCUGAUGGCUUUCGGUGCUCUAGGUCUUUCGAAUUCGGCCAUAAUAAAUUAAUAUGAAACGGCGUUGGCUGGUAUAGUUGAUUUUUUUGUAUGUAGGCAUGGAAAAUUGCCCUCCUGCACCUGAUGGUAAGCGUAGUGGGGCUCAAAGAAGUGUCAGUAACGAGGGCUGGAUACCCUUUGCCAGAAAACACAAUAUGAAGGCCUGUUUGAAACUGGAUAUUCGCAGGCUGAGUCCAGAACGUGACAGACUUACGUGGAAAACUAUAGCAUGUUUUAACACCUUGUGUACGGUGGUCACUAUCCUGGCGGAUAUAAAAUAUAUCUUACCACAAGUAAAACUUUUGAACUCCGAUAUAAUGAUUAAAAAAUCGCGUUGGUUGGUUUAGUAGGUUUGUUAGAGCAAUGGUUUUGAACCAAUUGCUUAUUAGUCGUGAAGUCCUAGGCUUAAAAUGAUUUAACUACUUACGCCCAUAUUCAUAAACGUUAUUUAUCUAAGGACGGAGCAUUGCUGUGAUAAUAAGUCUGUUUCUCAGUGCUGACGGCAUGGCAGCCUUCACAGUGCGUAGACAUAGGGCCGUUGUGAUUGGCUAAUAUUGAGAUACAACUUCAAUCUAGUUGGCUGUCAGGUAAACAAAGCUUAGAAACAGACUUGUUAUCACAGCAAUGCUCCGUCUUUAGAUAAAUAACGACUAUGAAUUGGAAUAAAAAAUAUGGGUUAGAAAAUAUCGUAGAAUGCUAAGCUCCAAGUUUGCUUUGGUGAUAAAGAUUAUGUAUUCAGUUGCUAAUGUUAUCUGCAGACAUAAGACAAGUCAUAGGAUAUUUAAAUAACGUACAUACAUAACAUCACCCAUUUAUCCUCGAAGGGGUAUGCAGAGGCGCAACUAGGGCACCCACUUCUCGCCAAGUAUGUUCCGUCCCAUGAUGUGAUAGGGGGCGAGCCUAUCGCCAUAUCGGGCACAAAUUCCAGACUCCGGGCUGAUACUGAGCAGAAAAACCCAAAUAUCACUUUGCCCGACCCGGGAUUCGAACCCAGGACCUCAGAGCGCUAUUGUCCCGGACAUGCAAUACAACUACGCCACCGAGGCAGUCAAAACAAUUUAAAUAACGUAAUAGAUUUUAAGUUAUAUGAUCUAACUUAAGUAAAUAUUGUGAAUAUUUUUUUUGUCUUAUUUAUAUUAUGAUGGUAGUGAAUUCCAAAUAUACAGGUCAAAUCUGUCCGUGACAAUUGAAACUCAAUCUUACGACCUUCUUAAUACGUUUAAAGUUAGUGUGACAUGUCUAAACACUUUUUGAUAUACACAUUUAAGCCAUAAGCUAAAGGUUAUAAGGUUGAUACAAUUGUUACAUAUGUACAUAAAAAAUAAUUGGUUUCUCCAUAGUCCGUAAGCGCUUCAAUAGAAAUAAGUAUGUUGUAAUAAAUGGCUUUAUUGUUUUUUAUUGCGGUAAUUGUAAAUAUAUUUUGAAGAAAUACAUGCAUAAA